ACGGAGCGAGUGGCUGGGCAAAUGGACGCUAAUACAGCAAACAGGAAAAAAUAUCGGCUUUCCACGACGAAUUAUGCUGUAUAACUUUUCAUGAAUAGAAAUCUGUGGUUAACCGUUGCGCUGAUACCCGCGGUAGACGAUACGCAAAGUCAAGGCACUGCGACAGUUGUGGUAACCAAGAUCCAGAACCACCUGCUGGAUUUCAGGUGGACAGUUAGCAUGACGUUGGAUUCACUGUUGUCUUCUAUUUCCAAACGUCUAUGAAGUUUGGAUAAACAUUGGCUAACUAGGCGUGUAAUACAUUUCCUCAAGCUGACCUGUCUAACCUAUCAGAAAUGGGAGAAUCCACGCCUCCAAAGCGACAACGACACACGUCGUCGGAAUCCAACAAGUCUGGCGUUUCGACGGAUAGCGUGGGUCAGUACAUCCCGACUCCUCCAGACGGUGGGUGGGGAUGGGUCAUCGUCUUCGCCUCACUGAUCUGUAACAUCAUCGUUGACGGUAUCAACUACUCCUUCGGUGUCUUCAUGUUGGAAUUCGCAAACUACUUUGGAGAGACCAAGAGCAAGACGUCACUGGUUGGAUCUCUUUUAUGCGGGAUGUACCUUAUGACUGGUCCCAUAGUAAGUGCUCUGGUCAACAAGUUUGGGUGCCGCCCGGUGACAAUGGCCGGUAGCAUCGUGGCCACCUUCGCCUUCCUUUUGAGCACACAAUCUAGCUCCGUGGAGGUUCUCAUUCUCACAUACGGCGUCAUGGGAGGGAUGGGUUUUGGGUUGAUCUACUUGCCGUCUAUCGUCAGUGUUGGAUACUACUUUGAAAAAAGGCGCGCCUUGGCAACUGGCAUAGCAGUCUGUGGUUCUGGAAUAGGUACCUUUAUAUUUGCUCCACUGUCCCAGUACCUGCUCAAAGAGUUUGACUGGAAGAACGCCAUGUUCAUCCUGGCUGGAAUUGUCCUUCAUGGAACUGUAUGUGGGAUGUUGAUGAGACCACUGGAGCCGCCAAAGAAGAGAAAGCGCCGGCCUAGGACCAAGAAUAUGCUGGAUAGGCUGAAGGAAAAGCAAAACGCCAAGAACGGCCACCAUCGAAGCGAGUCGGAAUCCAACAUGCUGACUUUUGGAGUAAAGGACACUAACCGUGUUCUAGAAGGUGUUAUGGAAGCCAAAAUGCUUCGAGAGAAACAACUUCAAGAAGAUGAUUCCGAAGUUGGCUCUAUCCCUAGUACAUAUUUUCUAAAAGGUCUUAGUGGCGAUGGUCGCUCUCAAAAACUUUCUAUAUCCGAAAAGGGAGAACAGCAAAGCUCUCCGACAAGUCCUGAUAUGGCGCCAAAGAUAGUUAUAGCGGAUUCAGAAGACACGAAUUCCUCCCCUACAAGGGAGAGACCUUUGUCGUCGGAGGUCGCUGCGGAUGUGUCACCUAUAUACGAGGAAGCUGCAGACAAUGGGAAAGCUGAAAACAACAGUGUGGAUGACAAUGAUGACACCGAUGGCGCAGCUACAAAGCGGGGCUCGGAGAAAUCAAACUCUACGAACCAAUCGGGAAGUCGGUCCACUGUGAUGUCUGACCAUGUGGCGAAUGGUCCCGUGGUACCUGCCAGUCGUGAUCGCAGCAUGACGGACGGCUUCCAUACCCGCUCCCAGUCCGUCAAGAACGAUAAUAAGUACGCGGUAAAUGGUCGCUCGCCUCAUCACGAGGUGGCGCCACUCCUAGCGCGGAGUGAGGCUGGUAUCGACAGAAUCAGAGAUACGACAGGCAGUAAAAAGAGUCACGUCAGAAGUGCUGUUUGGAGGCCAGGCAGCCAUCUGCGGGUGGAGGAAAAAGUUCCUUCAUUCCAUAAAGAAGACUAUGCUAGGCCAUUGUACAGAAAAGAUAUAUUUUACAGUGGGAGUAUUUUAAACAUUCCACAGUUUCAAUCUCAACCAGAUAUGCGCAGUUACAUAACUAGCAUAACAACCAUACCGGGCACCCUGGCCCACGAGAAGGCGAGUACUACGGUGUGGGACAGGUGUACAUGUCUGCCAAAGUCAGCCCGGGACACCUUGGGAGAGAUGUUGGAUGUGUCUCUACUCUCCAAUGUGGCCUUCAUGUUGAUCUGUUUAGGCAAUGUGUUUGCCAUGGCCGGUUUCCUGGUUCCCUUCGUGUACCUCGUGGACAGGGCACAGCUUUUGAAGAUAGACGAAAACAACUCCGCCUUUCUUAUCUCUGUCAUAGGCAUAACAAACACGGUUGGCCGGCUGUUGGUUGGGUUCCUCGCUGACCUACCUCGUGUGGACAGCCUGGUUAUUAACAAUGUCGCCCUCAUCCUGGCUGGGAUAGCCUCGGCACUGGCACCGUUCUGUGUCUCCUAUCCACUCUUGGUCGUUUUUUCAUCUGUAUUUGGUCUCUGUAUGGCGGCUUUCAUCUCACUUACAUCUAUCAUCUUGUGUGAUUUACUUGGUUUGGAGAAAUUAACAAAUGCGUUUGGUUUACUGACGUUAGCUCGAGGAGUAUCUGCCAUAGCGGGCCCACCUCUUACAGGAGCUAUAUAUGACAUGACGGGAAGCUACGACGGCGCGUUCUACGUGGGCGGAGGCAUCAUUCUGAUAGGAGCCUUGCUGCACUGUUUCCUUCACCUACCCUGCAUUAAGAGAAACCAAAGCAGACCUGACCGUGAUAAUGACGUGUUUACUGACGCUGAUACCAUAGAGGUAGCUCCAGCCACGCGAGUCGAUGAUACUGUCACUUCUGUCUGAUGUGGCAGACAGUCUUCUGAUAUAUCCGUUUGUGAACAGUCUUCUAACACCGGUAUAUCAAUGUAUUGGUGAGCAGACAGCUUUCUUAUAUAAUUAUUGGUGAAAAGACAGUUAUCAUUCUACGUAGACAUUGGCGAAAAGACAGUCUUCUGAUAUAGCUAUUGGCGAACAGUCUUCUAACACCGGUAUUUCAAUAUAUUUGUGAGCAGACAGCUUUCUCAUAUAACUAUUGGUGAAAAGACAGUUAUCACUCUAUGUAGACAUUGGCGAAAAGACAGUCAUCUGAUAUAGCUAUUAUUGAAAAGGCAGUCUUCAGAUAUAGCUACUGGUGAGCAGACAGUUGUAUGAUAAACAUUCGGUGAGCAGAUGUCGUCUGAUAUUGUCAUUGGUUAGCAGACAGGCAUUUGAUGCAGCUCCAACUGUGAACAGACAGUCGUCUGAUGCAGCUCCAACUAUGAGGAGACAGUCGUCUGAUGCAGCUCCAACUAUGAGGAGGCAGUCGUCUGAUGCAGCUCCAACUAUGAGGAGACAGUCGUCUGAUGCAGCUCCAACUAUGAGGAGACAGUCGUCUGAUACAGCUCCAACUAUGAGGAGGCAGUCGUGUGAUGCAGCUCCAACUAUGAGGAGACAGUCGUCUGAUGCAGCCACAACUGUGAACAGACGGUCGUCUGAUGCAGCCCUACUGUGAGCAGACGGUCGUCUGAUGCAGCUCCAGCUGUGAGCACACGGUCGUCUGAUGCAGCUCCAACUGUGAACAGACAGUCGUCUGAUGCAGCUCCCACUGUGAGCAGACAGUCGUCUGAUGCAGCUCCAACUGUGAGCAGACAGUCGUCUGAUACACCCCCAACUGUGAGCAGUUGUCUGAUGCAGCUCCAACUGUGAACAGACAAUUUACUGCAACGGUGCUAGGCACUCGGACAAAGGGCGCUACAGACCUGAGCAUAUUUUCCUUCUCUUGCUUGGGUUAGAGAGAACAACUGAAAUACCUCACGUGCUUUGUUUUGUGUUACUCCUCCUUUGGUGUCGUUUAUAAGACGUCUUUCAAGUUACAAAAGAAUAUUUUGUAUAUUUGAAAAAAUUCUCAAGGUGUCACUGUUUACGAGGCAUUGUUUUUCAGAAGACAGUUUUUCUACAUACUUUUGAUUACCUGUUUCAAUGACUCUAGAGUAAAUGAAUAUACGGAAGUCUGUUCCCUGGAAGAGCACUCGUAGAGAACCUGGUAACGUGCUCGUGAAAGCAGAGAGUCCAUGGCACUAUCUUCCGUUUGAUGCGGAUAUUCACUGCGAAUUGAAGGGAAGGAAGUAUCUAAUACCAAGAGGAAUAACUCUGCAAGGCACAGUUGUCUAUCAGUUUCCACACAGACACUUCACGGCCCCAAUAGAGUGUUCAGAUUACUGGUCAGCUAUGAUGGAUCGGCUUGAGUCCACUGUUAUAGCUCAACUGUAAGUUUUUUUUUAUAUGUAGAGAGAUAAAAAGAGUAUGUGAUGAAGUUUACACUGUAUGAAAUGACAAUGUCCAUUUUGUUAAAUCUUGACCCUUUCUGUCCAGAGGAUUUCUUAUUAAAACAAACACGUGUUUAUUGUGAAUCUGUGUGCAGCACGUGUAUCUU